AUGCCUCCACUAACACAGCACGAUGUCUUCGAGAUGAUCCAGGACAAAGCCAAGCGUAAGAAAGACGAAGGUACAAUACUGACCAAGGCCGACAUUAUUGAACAUCUGAAGGAGUUAUACAGUCGGUAUCUGAGAGAUCGGUUAUACUUUUAUGCUCAAGACCAAGAUGGUCUACCAAUUUGCAGAGUACCUACAUACCUAGCUGAUAACAAGACCUACUACUCCGUUGCUUGGGAAAACGUUUUUCGUGUCGAAGACUGGCAAAGCCAACCCAGGCCGACAGACUUCAUAGGCAAUGUCUGGCCGCCAAAGGUGAUUGAAGAUCUCAUUGGGAAUGUCGAAGAGACUGAGUACGCAGUUAUGAAAUGUUACGUAUGUAAAGAAGUAGGAAAAGCCUUCUGCACAUGUGGAUGCAAGUCUUGGAGAGAUUACUGGCUCGCCUGUCUAUUGUUACGGAGAGCCGGUGCCCGCGGCUACGGCAUUUUUGCACGCGAAGCGAUUCAAGGCUCAACCAUCGUAGGAGAGUAUACAGGCCGUAUCAAACCAGUCAAACCCAACGAGGAAGAUGGAGAGGAUGCUUACUGUGUACCGAUCUCGAUUGGACGACGAGUUUCAAUGCGGUUUGGAAUGGAACGCCGCGUAAUCUACGUGGUGACAACACGCGACAUUGACAUCGACCAAGAGCUAACGAUAGACUAUGGUCCAGAGUGGCUUGUUGGCGACUGCCUUUGUGGCAGUAUUGGCUGCAAAAACCCACCAAAGAGUCCUAAGCUACUCGAUACGCCCGUAAAAGUUCUUAGUGACGAUCAGGCCACAGAUGAGGAUGAGGAAGACUCCUAUUCGGAUGCCUGGGAUACGAGCUACAGGUCUUCUGACCCUGAAUACGAAGAAGACUCGGAUUGCGAGAAGCAUCGAAAGAGAAAGGGAAGAACUCACUAA